AAAAGAGCCGCGUCGUACUUUGGGCCCUUCCCUCGUGAUCUUCCCAACUCGUGAGCCCCUGUUCAUUAUUACUGGAGCCCUUCUUCGGUUUCAUCCUGUUCAGCCCGCAAGUACCGCAAGCAAACAAGAUGGCUCGCCAGCAAUCCGGCCUUGCGGCUUGGCUACUGAUCGCGGGAGGCCUCCUGCUAGCGUCUUGCUGCGCGGCACGAGCGGACGGCUUUGCUUAUCGUCGCCUUCUUCAGAACCCAGAUCUUCCGCAACAAAGAAGCGGCACACCCUCUUGGAUGAGUGGAGGUGGAGGCAACAACAACCACCAAGGCACAAGCCAGCCCUCUUCGCAGCAAUCUACUCCUGCUCCCUCGCAGCCUUCACCGGCUCCCUCGCAGCCUUCACCGGCUCAAUCCAGCAGCGGGGCGCCGGUGACGAUCUAUUCCGGUGGUCAGUUCGCUAGCGGCUGGAAGGACUCCUCCUACAACGUGCGGCCUUUCACCUCCUACUCUCCGGCAGGUCACACCACCGGUGUUGCCAAGUGCUACUACCUGCCGUUCGGUGCGGCCACCAGCUUCUACGGUCCCCAGGGUGCCUUCUCCGGCCGCAGUGCGCUCGAGUUCUGGGCCUACGCCGGCAGCUCCUCCCUUGCUGACGUGGAGGUCGUGAUCGCCAGCUCUGGUCGCGACUGCCGCCACCUGCGCAUCAGCUCCCUGUCAGCUGCGGAAUCCAUGUCCGGCUGGAGCAAGUAUUACAUCCCGCUGUCAACCUUCAGCCUGGACCAGUCGCAAGCCUCUUCGGGUUCCUUCUCGGGCUGCGGCUCCAGUGGUCCCAGCAGCGGCGAGCUGGUCAAGGUGGAUAUCCGCAACCCCAACCAAUCGUAUGACGCGCUGUUCUGCUUGGACGAUGUACGGCUGCUGUAGGUGCUGCCGUACGGCGUUUACGGAGGUUCGGUGCGGUGCUGUAGGGGCGAGUGUGAUGGCGUGGCGCGUGAUGCUGCUAAAGUGACAUUGCGGUGGAGAAGCGACGGAGAAGCGUGCAUAAAGUGUUCGUAGCCAAAGCUGCGACGACUGGGUUGUGUGGAGCGUGUGGCAAAGGGUGAAGAUAUGAAGACAAGUUUGGAUACUGGUAGAUAGUAGGCAGGACGUUUAGAGCGCCAUUUGCGCAUCAGGCAUGUAGUAAACACUAGGAAGGUAGUGUAGACGGCCAUCUUGAUUUUCACGUUGCCAGGCGGACGGCGCUGAUCAAGAGAUGGACCCUUAUCGUUCUUAUGUCUUACAUUGCCAUACCCGUCAUUCACACAGCUUUGUAAGGUUACCUCUUG